AUGGCAGGGAAGCGAGCUCAUCCCAUCAAACGGGAUUGGUACUGGAACCACAACGAUCGCUUUGAGAUUUGGCAUAGUCUCGACUGGCCUUCCGUUCGUCGCGGGCGCCAAAUCUUCACGGAGGUUUUUGCACCAUGUCAUCCCUUGGGUCGUAUGACCUUCGCACACUUCCAGGCAUUCAUGACUCGAGAGGAGAUUAAGCAGCUGGCCUCGCAAUAUGAGGUGAUUGACUCCGAGCCAGAUGUCGAGGGUGUGCUGAACCCGCGCCCAGGCAAGCCGACGGACACGCUUCCCGUGCCGUUUCCAAACCAGCGUGCCGCCCAAUUUGCGAACAAUGGUUCCGAGCCACCGGAUUUGCAGCACUCGGUUUUCGGUAAGGAAGGUGGGGCAGAUUACAUCUUUUCCCUCAUUACAGGCUACAACUGGGGUAACGGCGAGCUUUUGGAGAUUCCUCCAUUUGCCCCUGAACUGAAGCCUGGGCAGUUCUGGAAUCCGUACUUUAAGGAUUGUUGCCUCUCCAUGCCCCCACCCCUCUCGGACGGAAUGGUGGACUACGAGGAUGGUACUCCGGCGACGAUAAGCCAAAUGGCAAAGGAUGUGGUAAAUUUCCUGCGCUGGUCCGCCGAGUCCGAGUACGAUGACCGGCGCGUUAUGUUUUGGAAGACGUUCACAACGCUCGGUCUUGUGAACUGCAUCCUGCUGCACUAUGGACAGAAGAACACCAACUGGCGCAUUUACGGCCGCACCACAUUCCGCUACUGGAAGAAACCGUGGUAG